AUGAUGGAGACCACCUCUCGCAUCCAGUGUUGGCGGCAUCACGUCGCUUCUGUGGGCCAUCUGCCCAGGUUUGAGCUGCCUUGGGGGGGUUAUUACGAGGAACCAGAGAGCUUGCCCAAGGACCCUCCAAUGGAGUCCCAGUUUGCACAGGACUUUAAUCAGGAGAUCGAGCACGCGAACGACAACGAUCAUCCAGCGGCGUCAUUGUACUUCGCCGAGCUCGAAGAAGAAGUGCAGGGCGCUGACAACCGGUGUCUUCUUCCCUCUCCAGAGAUACUGACAAUCAGCCUCACCCCUUCGCCCACCUACUACUGCUCCCCCACUCCGUCACCGUCUAUUAGCUGGAAGGCUGAGUGA